AUGUGUGACCAAGACAUCCAUCCAAAUAAAUACUGUGAAUUGCGAAGUAUAUAUAAAUACUACAUAGAUUUGCAUAAUGCAUUGUAUCAGCUGAAAACGGAAAAAGAAGAAGAAUUAAAAGAUAUUUACAAAAUGAUCAAAACAGAAUUGAUUGAUUCAAAGAUAUGCCCACCAAAAAAGAUUAUGGAAGACAUUUUAAAUAUCAUUCCGUAUAAUAAUCGCUAUACAAAGUCAUAUUUAUCUCUUAUCAAACUCUUAUCUGAUGAUUAUCAUGGGGAAGAUGGCAGCUCGGUUGAAUAUAUAUCAAGAUUACUGUUUUACAAAGAAUAUGGAAUUAAAUUAGAUAAAUACAAAGAUUUUGAAGAAGAUAAUUCAGAAAAUCUUGAUAUUCAUACAGAAAAUACAAUUUUCAGAGCAAUUAUGAAUAAUGACUUAGAAACAUUUAUCUCAUUUACUGAAAGAGAAGGAUUUAAUAAAGAUCAAAAACUUAAAAGCGAUUUAUAUCCAUAUUCUUUCGAAGGAAAUUCGUUACUUGAAUUGUGUUGUUACCAUGGAGCAGUUGAUUGUUUCAAAUUCCUAAGGACGAAAUUUAACUCAGAAAUAACUCAAGAAUGUCUAGAAUUAUCAUUUUUAGGAGGAAAUGCAGAGAUCAUGAGUGAAUGUUUGAAACAUCAGAAACCAAAUAAAGAAUGCAUGGAAUAUGCAAUUAUUUCACACAACAUUGAUUUUGUUACAUUCUUGAUGAAUGAGCACAAUAUAAAGAUCGAUUUGGACUAUUGUGUACUGUAUAAUAAUCUUGAAUCAUUUUUAAUUUAUUUCGAUCAAACUAAUGAUAUUAACAAAUGCUUUUUUAAUUCGGCAAUGUUUAAUAUUCCAUCUCUUUGCGAAUAUUUCCUAUCAAAUGGUGCAAAUAUCAAUACAAAAGAUAAUUAUGGAGAAACCGCUCUUCAUAAAGCAGCAGAAUAUAAUAAUAAAGAAACAGCCGAACUUCUUAUUUCACAUGGCAUAAAUAUCAAUGAAAAAAAUAAUUAUGGACAAACCGCUUUUCAUACAGCAGCAGAUAAAAAUAGUAUAGAAAUCGCUGAACUUCUUAUUUCACAUGGUAUAAAUAUCAAUGAAAAAAAAUAA